GGCCUGGCCCUCUCUCUCCUUUGUGUCUGUCAGAGAGAGGGCGUGAAGGAGGACCACAGUGGAAGAAAGAGUUUCUGGGUCCUGAAGAUGCUUGUAGAAGUUGGAUUUCUGUGGACAGCUUGGGAUGCCUGAUAACUGCCACUGACGGACCCACUUUCGUUUACCUCAAAACCUUCGGCAGCAUUUCCCACAUUCCCCUACCCUAUCACAGGGCUUAAGUGACCUUUACACUGUGAAACAAAACCACACUCUGACUUUCAGGGGGUGUGUGGUAGCUCUGGACGAUGCUCUCCUUCUGGUUGUUUCUGCUCCCCUGCCUGAGCCUUGUGCCUCUGGCCCCGGCUGAGAAGGGUCUAGAGUUCCCACAGUAUGAUGGGAAAGACCGGGUUCUUGACAUCAAUGAUAAGAACUACAAGAAAGCCUUGAAGAAGUACAGCAUGCUUUGCCUGUUCUACCAUGAGCCUAUACCGGACAACAAGGAGCUACAAAAACAACACCAGAUGACUGAGUUGGUGCUGGAGCUUGUAGCUCAGGUCAUGGAAGAGAAAGAAAUUGGGUUUGGAAUGGUCGACUCCCACAAAGACGCAAAGGUGUCAAAAAAACUGGGCCUGGAAGAGGAAGGCAGUGUGUAUGUUUUCAAGGCCGAUCGGGUUAUCGAGUUUGAUGGCUUGCUCUCUGCUAACACCCUGGCGGAGUUCUUGUUGGAUCUGUUGGAGGAGCCAGUGGAGGUGAUAGGGAAUGCUCUGGAGCUGAGAGCCUUUGAUAGAAUGGAGGAAGACAUCCGCCUCAUUGGUUACUUCAAGAACGAGGACUCUGAGCACUAUGAUGCAUUUAAAGAAGCUGCAGAGCAGUUUCAGCCCUACAUUAAGUUCUUUGCCACAUUUGAGAAAUCUGUGGCCAAGGAGCUGACUCUGAAGCUCAACGAGGUGGAUUUCUAUGAGCCCUUCAUGGAGGAGCCCAUCACCAUCCCAGGCAAACCACACUCCGAGGAGGAUCUGGUGGAGUUCAUAACUGAAAACAGACGACCAACUCUGAGAAAGCUGCGUGCAGAAGAUAUGUUUGAGACGUGGGAGGAUGACAUUGAGGGCAUCCACAUUGUGGCUUUUGCAGAGGAGGAGGACCCUGAUGGUUUUGAGUUCUUGGAGAUCCUGAAGGAGGUGGCCCGAGACAACACUCACCUACCUGACCUCAGCAUCGUUUGGAUUGACCCUGAUGACUUUCCUCUGCUGAUCCCCUACUGGGAGAAGACCUUCAAGGUGGACCUGUUCAGGCCACAAAUCGGAGUUGUCAACGUUACAGAUGCUGACAGUGUGUGGAUGGAGAUGGAGGAUGAGGAGGAUCUGCCCACUGCUCAGGAGCUCGAGGACUGGAUCGAGGAUGUGCUCUCCGGCAAAGUCAACACUGAGGAUGAUGACGAUGAUGAUGAUGACGACGAUGAUGAUGAUGACGAUGAUGAUGACGAUGAUGAUGAUGAUGAUGAUGACAGUGAUAACGAAGAAGAUGAUGACAGUGAUGAUGAUGAUGAGGACGAUGAGGAUGAUGAUGAAGACGAUGAUGAUGAUGAUGAUGAGUAAUUCAUCAGUAAAUCUUGAUCACAGAUUAGUGUUUUUACUCUUCAGGCUUGAACUCGGACUGCAAACAAACGACUGUAAAGAAACUUCUCACUAAGGCAGAAUUCCAAAUUUGUACUGAAGGUGUGCAUGCUGAUAAAAAGUCUGUCUAACAUACAAAAAUGUAAUUUUCAACCAUAUGUAAAUAAGCCGGGAACAGGUUUUGAGAUUCACAAUUAAUAAAACAAAUAUUUAAUAUGUCUGGACCAGACAUUUACCUCACAUUACACAUGACAUUCAUUUACAUAAAGGUCUCUUUGUCAGUUAUCACUGUCAUCAAAUUAAUUUCUUCUGUUAAUGGAGUAAACUGUG